AUGAGCCAACCCAGCAUUUUGGAUCGACUUUCGACGCUCGACACCAAUACCAUGUCUGAUGCCUUGGAUUUUCUCAAGCUCAAAGGAGCCACAUACGGCUUGCGGCCCCUCUGGGACUGCCCGAAGAUUUGUGGACGCGCCAGUACGGUGAAAGUGGGCAUCAAGAAAGGCACCGCUCCCACGACUCAUCUAAUCACCCCGGUGGUAGAUGCUGUCACGACGGAUGAUCGCAUUCUCGUCAUCUCUGGUGGCAUGGAGGGCGUCUCAUGCUGGGGAGAUAUCCUCGCGAAUGCCUCACAGAUGAAACAAAUCCGCGGGACCAUCAUCGAUGGAAUGAGUCGUGACAUCGACGGCAGCCGCGACAUUGGAUAUCCCCUUUACGGCCGUGGCGUGACCAUGAUCAGCGCUCGUAACCGAAUCGUGCAACUAGACUCGGGCAUUCCCCUUGAGGUGCGAGGCGUCAUGGUGAACCAAGAUGAUAAUGUGAUCGCCGACAAUUGCGGAACGGUGUUUAUUCCAGCUGAGCACAUUGAGGAGGUCGUGGAACUAGGAACAAAAAUCGAUCGUCGUCAGGCCCUUAUGGUCCAGGAUGUCCGAGGCGACAAAUCUGUGUCAUGA